GUCGCCAUCUUGUUGUCGCUAAACGAUCCGAGAAGACGGCAGGCGGCGGCUGAAAAAUACACGACAACCCCGGCGUUAUUUCUCAGAAAACAGGGCGGAACAUUUGGCUACAUGAGUUCAUGGACUGCCUACUAAUCAAUGGUCAUGCUAUUGAUGAGCGUCGCCUAGGUUUUGCCGGGUCAAUCUGCUUGAAGAUGGACGACAGCGCGGCGAGGGACGACGCCUGUCGAGAGUACCAGUCCUCUCUGGAAGACCUGACGUUCAACAGCAAGCCCCACAUCAACAUGCUGACCAUUCUGGCCGAGGAAAACCUGCACUUCGCCAAGGAUAUCGUCGCAAUUAUUGAAGCGCAAAUCAGCAAGGCCCCAGCUACCGAGAAGCUUCCAGUUUUGUACUUAGUGGAUUCCAUAGUGAAGAAUGUUGGAGGAGAAUACCUUGCAGUGUUUGCUAAAAACCUAAUCACUUCAUUUAUAUGUGUCUUUGAAAAGGUGGAUGAAAACACUAGAAAGAGUCUGUUCAAGUUACGCUCCACGUGGGACGACGUGUUUCCUCUAAAGAAACUGUAUGCACUGGACGUCCGGGUCAACUCGUUGGACCCGGCCUGGCCCAUCAAGCUGCUGCCUCCCACCAUCAACGCCAGCAUUCAUGUCAACCCCAAGUUUUUAAAGCAGUCUGAGGAGGUGUCCUCGCCCCCACCGGUCCCUGCCAAGCAAUCGCCGCCGCAGCCCCCACCUGUUGCUGCACCGGCUCCUCAAGCGGCGCCCGCCAUCAGCCAGUCGAGUCUGACCCAGGAGCAGAUGAUCCGGCAGCAGCUCCUCGCCAAACAGAAACAACUCCUAGAGCUGCAGCAGAAGAAGAUCGAGCUGGAACUGGAGCAGACCAAAGCUCAGCUGGCUGGAGGUUUUGUGGUGCCUGUUUCCGCUCCAGUCUCAGCUCCAGCACUGAGCACUGUGCAGAAACCCAGCCAACCCACUCCCGUGGUCCGACCCAGGAUCCCUCCUCAGACACAAGCAGAAUCCAAACCACCCACUAGAGACCCUCGCCUGAACCGCAGCGGCCCAGCAUCAGCUCCACAGCCCAAAGAACAGCAUGCUGGGAAGAAAUCCGACACAACAGGAAGUCAGGCUGUUACACCUGAGAAGAACCGUCCAGAGAAGAUCAGGAUGCCGAGGAAGGAGAUAGUAGAGGAGAAAACAAAGUCCAAGUCUCCAUCUCCGAUGGCCAAGAAUGUCCAGAAUAAAUCCAAACAAACGGAUGGCGAGGUUCAGAAGUCCUCUGAGGGCACAAAGAAAGACCCCCGGCUCAGGAAACGCACGCAGGACAAGGGUGGGGAGGCCAAAGACGAUGAGCAGAAGGAAAAGAAGAGAUGCACUGAAAAGAAGGAGCGAGAAGAGGCACCAAGAGGGACGGAACCUCAGAGGUCCAACAAAGGGAAGCUAGUCAACGGCUCUGUGAGCAAACACGACCGCCUUGAGUCAAACGACAAACCCGAGUUCAAGACUGGAGGAAACGCUCGCACACACGCCAGGAAACGAACCCGCUCACGCUCCCGGUCACGCUCCCCUGCCACCUCCCCGAAGAGAAAGGACAGGAGGUCCCCAAAGAGUCGAGCCCGGAGCAGCUCGCUGUCGCCGUCUCCCUCCCACAAACCCGGGAAACCCAGGAGAGUCCGCGCAGACGAACCAGACCAUGGCAAGCCUAGCCGAGAGGACCGCCUUACUCCGAAGAAGAACCAGUCGGAGAGCAGGAGGUCCAAGAGGCCGAUGGAGGACCGGCACUCUGAAACCAGAGACUCCCACUCUCCUAGAGGCCACGAAGGAGGCGCUAAGGAGAUGAAGGAGGCUCCACACCGCUGGAGGAGCGGCUGGGAGGAGAACAAACACUUGAAACUUUCAGAGGAUUCUCACACAAAGCCUGGACCUCAAAGACACAAACAGUACGGCACGCCAGCCCGCCCCUCUACCCCACGAACCCCAAAACAACGCCUCCUCAGCGUGGACGCCAACAUGCAGAUCCCAGAGGUCUUGAACUCCGCCUCCAAAAAGGACCUGCUGAGGAGGGUGAGUAAACGUCUGGAGAGUGGCGAGAUCUCCCAGGAGGACUUCCUAAACAUGGCCCACCAGAUCAGAAACCUGUUUCAGUAUCAGGAGGAGAAGCAGCAGAUCUCCGAGAACUGGGAACGCUUCCCCGAAAAGAAACAGCCGCUGCUGGCCACGCCUCCCUCCGCGCAGCCCCGAGCCCAGGAUGCCUUGGACGCCGCACAGCUGUCGUACUACGAACACAAGUCCAAGCUGAGAAAGACGCAGGUCACGCACAGACCUGCUGGAGAGGAGUGGGAGGGCGUGGAGAGUCCAGAUGAGAGCGAGGCGCCAGGGCAGGGUGAGAAGACGAGCGGACGGAGCGCUGGGCGACGGGCACCGCAGGAACGACAGGGGGAAAGACGGAGCAAAGAGCGUGAGGAGCCUCGACCACCACCUGGCCCUAUGAUUGAGGAGUACAACCACGGAAAAGAGUUCCCCACCCUGAAGUCCUUACCCGGUCUGAGAUUCAGGAGGAGAGCUGACCCACGGGAGUCCACUGAGAGAGAGUGGAACUCACCGCUGACAGAACGCCAACGCUAUGACGAGCGUGAUGAGCACAAGAGCGGGUAUGACGCACCCCGAAGGUACGGGCCCCCGGCCGACUCAAGACACCCAGACCCUCGGAGGCUGGAGGGGCCCCACUCUGGCACGGUGGUCCAUAGGAACUGUCCGAGCCCUGCUGGUCUGGAGGCUCCUCCCCCCAGGUUUGAACGAGAGCGCCUGUCCCCUCUGCCCCAGCGAGACUCAGCCGAGGCGAGCCCCAUCCCGCGCUUCGAGAGCCCAAUCAGUGAACACUCGGACGACGGGCCCAUGGACGCCCCCCAGCCUCACCCACACCCUCCCCCCAAGUCCAUCCUGAAGGUCCCAGGGCGAGCGGGGCCCUUGCCAUCAGGGCCGCUGUCAUCGGUCCGGCAGCACAAUGACUCACCAGGCCACACACCCCCUCACGACGGAGGCCACGCCCCCUCCAGAUACGACGGCCCUGCACACAUGGGCCCCUCCAGACCUGAUGGCCCUGCACACAUGGGCCCCUCCAGACCCGAUGGCCCUGCACACAUGGGCCCCUCCAGACCCGACGGCCCUGCACACAUGGGCCCCUCCAGACCCGACGGCCCUGCACACAUGGGCCCCUCCAGACCCCAGCAACAGGGCUGGUAUGAAGGUGGGGGCCCGGGACGCUUUGAUGACUCCUCAAGAUUUGAAGGGCCUCCUCAUCCAGGCCCUGGCAGGUUUGAGGGGGGCGGGCCCCCACAUCGGUUUGACGGCCCCUCCAUGACUCACGGUCCAAUGAGAGGAGGUGAGGGCCGGUUUGAUGGACCACCUCAUGGCCCCAGGUUCGAGGGUCCAGGGCCUGGACAGGGUCACUUUGAGGCCCCCAUGCAGCGUUUCAACAACAUGGCACCAGGGCCAGGUCCAGGUCAGGGGCCAGGGUCAAUGGGCUUUCAGCAGCAGCGGCCGCCCCGCUUCGAUGGCCCCCCCAACCAGAUGGGCCCCAUGAGGUUCGAGGGCCCUGGUCCAAUGCACUUCGAUCAGCCCGGGCCCCGCUUUGACAUCUCCCAGCAGGGAGGCCCCCCUCUCUACGAAGGGCCCCUCAGGUUCCCCACCCAGCAGAACAUGCAGCCUCCCAUGAGGCCCAUGGCCCCUCCCCUCUAUGAAAACCCCAUGGCCCCACAGCAGAACUUCAACAUGGCCCCUCAGAGGUUCCCAGAGCCCAUGAACCCUCAGUUCCCUGCAGGGCCAAUGGCGUUCCAGACGCAGCCAAACAUGGCACCGGCCAACAACUUCAACAUGCAGCCGGCCCCGUCCUACAGCCAACCAGGCCCCGCCCCUUUCUACAACCCUGCUGUCCCCGCUGUCAGCAUGCAGCAGCCGGUGAACAUGAUGAACAUGAAUCAGCCAUUCCUGCCUCAGAACACAGUGCCUUUCACACAGUCAGCUCCAGUCGCCCCUCCAGAGAAUCAUUUUGGACAGGUGGACGUCAACGACCUGCUGUCCAAACUCAUCUCCACGGGCAUCAUCAAACCGUCACAGCCUGAUGCCGCUCCCACCGCAGGCACCGAAGCUCCAGGUCCUGUUGCUCCUGCUGUGGUGGAGGAGGAGGAAGAGGAGGAGCAGGAGGUGGAGGAUGGAGACCUUCCUGACCUUACUACCUUCAGCAUCGAUGACAUGAAACAGCGUUACGAGAGCGUGGUGACACGCCUGUACUCAGGGAACCAGUGCUGUCUGUGCAGCAUGAGGUUCACCGCCGCGCAGACCGACAUGUACGCCGACCACCUGGACUGGCACUUCAGACAGAACCACGCCGGCAAAGUGGCCAGCAAGAAGGUCACACACCGCCGCUGGUACUACAGCCUCACGGACUGGAUCGAGUUUGAGGAGAUCGCUGACCUGGAGGAGCGAGCGAAGAGUCAGUUCUUUGAGAAGGAGAACGAGGAGGAGGUUCAGAAGAGUCAGGCGGCCGCCAAGGAGAAAGAGUUCCAGAGCGUGAGAGCAGCCAAGGACCAAGUGGGAGAGCUGUGUGAGAUCUGUCAGGAGCCGUUUGAGACUUACUGGGUGGAGGAGGAGGAGGACUGGUUCCUGAAGAACGCCAUCAGGGUCGACGACAAGAACUUCCAUCCCUCGUGCUUCGAGGAUUAUCAAAACUCCUUCAUCGACGCCACGCCGUCACCAAACAAGCUGCUAACGGAGCACCCGCUGAACGCCUUCAUUAAGAAAGAAGAGGAGGAGGAGGACACGUCCUGUGCCGCCAUAACCGCCACCAUCACCUCACAGGAAGUGAAGCGUGAGGGCAGCGAACUUCCCGAUGUGAAAAUGGAGGCGGAGCUUUUAACUGAAGUGCAAUCAGAGGAGACGGCGGAGUAACUCUGCUGCCUCGCUUUGUCACUUUUUCUUUGUUUUUGAAGAGAAAACGUGUUUUUAUCUCGGGGCCGAGUCUUCGGGGACGUUUACGUCAAUACAUUUUAGUAUUUGGAUCCACGCGACCUUUUCUGGUCUCCGUUUCUGUGAAUCAAAUAAAAAAAAAAAAAAACUUUAUUAAGAAGAGAAAAGUUGAGUUUGGAUAAAAGAUGUACAUGAUUUAAUUUAUAAAUUAAAGUAUUUUUUGGUAUGUGUUGGUGUACCGCUGAUUGAUUCGACUGUAAAUAGUUCAUGGUUUAUUGAUUAUUGAUUUGUUAUGGAUGAUGACGUAGUUUCAGGUGUUGUUUGUGGCAGCGUUAAAGGUAAGCAUCAUCUGAUUGGACGGCUGAAGACUCGUCAGGAGGCGAUUCAGCGGAGGAUUCGUCUGCUGUUCUUUUUUUUUCUUUGGUUGAUUUUCAAUAAAAGAGUCUGAAACUUGUUUGUGUUUGUGUGAACAGUGAUUAUUGAUCCUUUUCUCGCUUUUACUGUUGUUUAGGUUCAAAAACUUCAAAAUAAAAGUUCAGUGGAGUUUAA